UCCUAAUUUGGCUGGGACUCCCCCCAUUCUCGCUCUCACGCUUUCCACCGUCACUCCACUGCCAUCAAAUCCCUCUCCGAGGCCUCACAACACCAUGAAGUACCUUGACAACCCCCUCUUACUGCACCUUUCCAAUUCUCUGUCCAACAUUAGGACACCUGAAACUAGGAUCUAUGUCCGUUUUGAAGCGUAUUCCGUCAAGCCCAUGCGACAGGAGAGGAGGAUGUACAAGGAAAUGGAGGAGGCGUACAUGUCAGGACAGGAAGAAAUGGAAGAGAUGAGCUUCUCACCCGAGAUGCGUGAAGCCGGAUUGUCCUCGUGUUUUGGACGAUUAGACGAAAAGGAAUCCAGAAAAGUCCACUUUCUACUCGUCUCCACGCUCAAUUCUGCGUUCCCGGACAAUGACUUUCACUCGCUUCAACCCAGUCAAUUCACGCGGGAGAGAUCCGCCGCGGAAGUCUUAUCGACGGUCACUACAAGUCUACUAGGUCCAGGCGCAGGUGCCGCUCCAAUGAUAUUCAGCAGUCUUGGCGUCUCACCACCUCAAACUGGAACCUCUGCACCGGCUGCUGGACCUUCAUCAUUGCCUAACCAGUCGGGUUCACCUUCCAAUCUUUCAUCAGGACCUUCGACGAACCUGCCAAAUCCACACAUCUAUAGGGUCCUCAAUGAUGUCGUUCCUUUAGAGGAAUGCGAAGUAUACUCUUGGUUCCCUGAACCAGAGUAUGACCCGCACCUCGACGCCGAAGACGGGGAGAUUACAGAAGACGGCAUGGACAGUGAUUCAGAGUCUUCGGAUGGAUCUCCACUGCUUGAUGGUAUCCCCUCGACUCUGGACAUCGACAUGGAGGCGGAGACCCCAGCGAGUUGGGGAGCUGGCGGUAUGGAUCUGGAUGACGUUCCUGAAUCUCCGAUCGUGCCACAGACUGUACAGGAGGGAUUGGCAGAUGCGGAUCGCGAGUUGAGACGGAAAAAGCGUCGAGGCGGGCUGCUUUGGAGUCAAAACUACUUUUUCUACGCCAAACGUACGAAACGUAUUCUAUUCCUCACUUGUUGGUGUCGUCGACGCCCAUCUCAAGUUCAAGCUCCACCCAUCGAAGACGGCACAUCGUUCCCUCUUCCCAUCUCCUCCUCAUUCGGCUCGACGCCUGCGCUCACACCGCAAGUCGGUACUCAAACUCGCUCGAGUCGCAGUCACAGGGUUCACAAUCGAUCCAACGCACGACCGACGAGGAGAUCAAAAUUGACUAUUAGGGAUCCAAGGGCUGAACGAGAAGCCUCGACGAUCCCUAUCCGAGGGAUGGAGACGCCUAGACCUCGGGUGCAGCCUGCGACGCCACGAUUGGCGUCGAGUGCCCCAUCCCUUAUCUCUGCACUGAGUCCCCAAGCUGCUCUAGCAAAGAUGAGCGUAGGGGGAUUCAGACCGAAACAGACGCCAGCGAGAGCGGCCAUGAAUGCAACUGGGACAAGGGUGACAGGAGGAGGCGGAGGGGGAGGGGGAGGGGGAGGGAUGACACCGAGGACAGCCACGGCUACGACAUUACCACCCAGUACAGGGGUCGAGAACGAAAACAGAAUCCGGAGAGAGGGGAGCAAAAGCAGUACGCCUGGUGGUGGAACCUUGAUGGGUAUGGGGACCAACGUUGUGGAUAGUGUUCCAGGGACAAAGGGCAAAAGGGUCAAGGUGUGAUCGUGGAAGGCCAAUUGGGGAAGCAAACCCU